AUGGCACCUGCUUCAGGUCAGAAACAAGCCGCGGAACAAACACCGAAACCUGCGCCCGAUGAAGCAGCAGCAGGAGAAACAGCAGCAAAUGGAGCAUUCGAAUAUCCCGACCCGACGGCGGAGGGGGACUGGCGAUUCGAUCCGCAGUUAGAAUGGCAGGCAGGCGUCCGCGCGUACCUGUCGCAGGCGUACGGUGCGGAGCGGUUCGAGCACAUCUGCGCGGCUCUAAGCCGUCCUCCCCUGUCAGUGUGUCUGCGCGUGAACCCCCUCCGCACAACCACCGGAGAUGCGCUCAUUGCGGUCGCGGGCGCGCUGGGUCUGGAUCCUGGGGGAGGGGGAAGGGGGGGAGGACGGGAAGAGGCGGCAGCGAAGAGCAGGGAAGGAGCGUGGGGAAGUGAGCGAGAGGAGAGGACGGGAGAAACGAUCGUUGCUGAUGCUGAUGGUGACUCUGACGCGGGGAACGUGGCGUCAGCUCGCCUGGUUUGCAGGGAGCAUCCUCUUGUACCGGGUGUGAUUAUAGUGGAGGGCACAGGGCCUCACAGAGUGUCGUAUGAGGCGGGAGAGCAGAGCAAGGGCAGCAGCGGUGGUGGCGGUGGUGGUGGGGAUGGGCGUGGGCGUGGGCGAGUUGACGAAGCAGAGAGAGGGACGGAGGGGGAGCGAGACGGAGGGGAGGGAGAGAAGGGGAAGGAGGGGAGGGAGGGGAAGGAGCAGAAGGAGGGGGAGAAGGGUGACGGCAGAGGGAGGGAGUCGGAGGGGAGGAUAGAGCGGAUGAAGCAGGUGGUGGUGAGCAGAAAGUGUGGCGAGGCUGUGCUGCGAGGGGCCAAUGUGUUUGUGCCCGGAGUGCUGGCGUGCAGCCCGGGUGUGGAAGCAGGUGACUCUGUGGCCGUGUGCGUGGCCAUUGAAGCACGCACGGAUGGGGCGGAGGGAGAGAAGGGAGAAGGGGGAAAUGCGGGGGAGAGGAUAGAAGUCGGAGAGGGGGAAGAGAGGGGAGAGGGUUUAGGGGAGGGAGGGGAGGGAGGGGAGGGAGGGGAGUGGUCGGUGGGGCUGACUCGAGGAGCAACGCUGGGCUCGGCUCACACACGUGCAGGUGAUGGGGGAGGGAGGGCCAUGGCUACUCCCCCUCCCUGCUCCUCCCUGCCCCUCCCUCCCUGUUCCUCCCUCCCUCUCCCUGCCGCCCCUCCCUCUCCGCGCACAGGUUUUGAGAGGCGGGACCGGUCGAGGUGGUUCAUAGGCAAGGGCGUGGCGCAGCUGUCGCGGGCCGCCAUGUUCCGCGCCUCCCAUGGCGUGGCUGUCGCCCUCUCCCACCGCGCCUUCCUGCUGCCGCCCUGCCACGACAUCCUCCCAGGCGGCCAUGUGUUUCUACAGAACCUCCCCAGCAUCAUCACUGCACGAGUGUUGGCCCCCCAGGCAGGCGAGCGCGUGUUGGACAUGUGUGCAGCACCGGGCGGCAAAACCACAGCAUUGGCCAUGCUUAUGCACGACACUGGCACCGUCGUGGCGUUGGAUCGCUCGCACAACAAGGUGCGGGGCAUACGGGCAGUGGCAGAGGAGAUGGGGCUCACAUGCAUCCAUGCCAUCAAGAUGGACGCUACCAGGGCUGUUGCCGCUGCUGCCCCCUCACCCUCCAAAGGUGCUGCUGCUGUUGACACUGCGCCUGCUGCUGCUGAUGGUGGGGAUGCUUCUGGUGGUGCCACUGAUGCCGGCACGGGGGACGGCGUGGGGAAUCGGAGCGAGGGGAGAGCAUCGGCAGAUGGAGCAGCAGCAGCAACAGCAGAGGGAGGAGCAGCAGCAGUAGGAGCAGGAGGAGCAGGGAGCAAUGCCACCAGCAAGAGCAGAGCGGAGCAGCGAGAGGAGAAGCGGCGGCAGAGAGCAGGAGGCGGACAGGGGUGCAUGAGGGGGGCGCGUGGGGGAGGGGGAGGAGGGAAGGAGGAACCGGGGGGGCAGGGGGAGGGGGAGGAGGAGGCGAGGGCGAGGGCUGAGGGGGGCUUUGAGGCGCACAGCUUUGACCGCGUGCUGCUGGAUGGGCCCUGCUCUGCCCUCGGCCUCCGACCCCGCCUCUUUGCUGCCAAUGUGUCACUGGGAGAGCUGCGCAAGAAUGCAGUGUACCAGCGCAGGCUCAUUGAUGCCGCCGUGCGCCUUGUCAAACCAGGCGGCACACUCGUCUACUCCACGUGCAGCAUCAACCCAGGGGAGAACGAGGCCAAUGUGCGCUAUGCCCUCGACACCUACCCCCACCUCUCCCUCAUCGCCCCUCCGCCCGAGCUGCACAUGGGGCAACCGGGUCUUGUUGGGGGGCUCAACGUUUCCGAUGGCACGGCAUGCAAAGAGUGGUUGAGGGAGGGCGAGCAGCACAAGGUGAUGAGCUUCCACCCCUCGCACGCCCUCGACACCAUCGGGUUCUUCCUUGCCAAGUUCGCCACCUCACCAACCGCUUGCUCCUGCUGCCCACACUAA